CAGACACAACAACACUCUCUCAUCCCGGAGAAUCUGGGUUAUGCGUUGUAGGAGAGGCAGAGUGGAAAGCAGGCAGAGUCACACGGUCAGAUGCGUGGACUCAACCCUGGAGUUUGAAAACGGAGGCAUGCAGUUUACCAAAAGGCCAGCGUAGUAGACGCAAUGACCGUCAUCACUAUCUCCAUCGGACCAGAGACCAAGAAGCGGCAAGGAGCUAGUGGGACCCACCGAAAACCCGCGUCGCAGUAGUUCUGCUCUUCCAGCAUAUCUACGCCAGAUGCGCCCCCUCUGUUGUGGAGGAUUCGAUCAUUCCGACGUGAGAGAGGGUUCAUGACGGCGACUGCUCUUACAACUGGUAACACGAGGUGCAAUUUUCGAGUCGGAACUUGAAGUAGGGUAGUCUUUUGUGAGGACAGAGUGCUUUCGCUGGAGGUUAAUUUUUGGGGGAUUGCUUGUUGGACUGGCUGAAACCUGAUCAAGCUGAGGUUGCAGAUGUUUUUUAUGAGCUCUCGAAAUUCGGCCACGUUGAGCACCGCCAGCUUUACAUCUCACAUUGGAUCUGACGUGACGAUCUAGCUUCGGCAAACACAUUGUGCCCUCUUUCUCCACCAACUCUGUUCGAUUAGCAAAUUCUCAGUACUUUGGUUCCGCAUUCUCGUCUCCUCAUGGAUUUCUUCAGCAGUUACGACAUGGACAAUCGAAUGUUCUCUGGGCCGGUCGAUCCGUAAAUCAUCUCCAGCACAGCACUAAAUAUUCAUGCUCGAAGCCCUUCGCACAUUCGAGGAACUAAACUCACUGACAGCUCAGAAGAUGGAGACCCUCGCCACCUUGGCACGUCUCAGCAUAUCUCCAAGACGAAACAGGAGUUCCAACAAAUUCUCCGAUGAUGAGGUUAGCACCACCUCCACCCCCUACUUCCUGAGCGCCCCCACCAGUCCCCGACGAGCUUCGCUUAGGGAAAUUGAGGAGACGCCAUUAGGCGAGGUCCAUUGCGCUGUCCCCUUCGAAUGGGAGCUCAGGCCUGGCACUCCAAAAAGAAGCAGGGGUAGCAGGAACAAUGACGGGUCCAGUGAAAUGGACGUGGAGGAGAGAGAGCUUGGGUCGCGGAGCAGAUCAAGCAGCCCGGAGAGGCUAUCCCGUCAGUCCUCCACCUCCGAUUUCGACUUUAGCAGUGCCAGGUUCAUACCUCCGGAGGAAACUCAUGCUCUGAACGACUCCUCCAUUGCCUCCGCUGACGAGCUAUUCUUUCAUGGCCAGCUGUUGCCCUUGACGCUUCCUCCCCGGCUGCAGGCAGUGAAACAGUUAAAAGAUUCCACUGAUUCAUCCCCUGGCUCCGAUGGGGGAGUUCUUCAGGGGUCUUUUCGGAAGCCGCGAUCGGGCAGCUCACCAUUGAAGCUGCUGUCACUUCGUGGGAGGUCCAAGAGUCCUCAAAGAGGAGCCCUGCAUUCUACCGCCUGGCCAAUUCUGGGGCUGGAGCCAGAGCAAGAAAACGGCAUCUGCCAGAGGCUGCAGAAGUUCAGGUCAUUGUCACCUUUGAAAAUAUUCAAGAGGGAGAGUCCUGAAGUGAAUGCAAUGUUUUCGGAUAAAUCGACCGACUCUGCAUCGUCGUCAACAUCCUCUGCAUUUUCCUCUUCUUCGUCGUCAGGGGACGAGAAUUUCAUCAAUGUUGGUAUCUCCAAGGAGUUCUGGCCUUUCUUUGAAGAAUCAAAGCAACGGCGUGGCAGCAAAACCCUUCACGAUUUCCUAUACUCCGAAAAGCUCCCUUCAUCUCCGAAGAUAGAUGUUUCCAAGCUAUCAAGUAAAGAGGUACUCAGAAAAGCCGAGCGAUUCAACGCGGCGCCAGGCGCAGAGGCGGGACUGAAUUCAGCGGCGCAGGUGGUACAUUCCAAGAGGGAGUUGGACAAAUCUGGCUCAGUGGAGAGGAAGGCUCUCACGCCGCAGCUGUCGCGCUCCAAUGCCAGGUCGAUGUCAAGAACACCAAUCAUGCCAUCACAAGCUCAACCACUGCCUCAGAGAUCCCAGAGCAGGCCAGACUUCAGAAGCAACCCCAAGAGGUCAUUCGGAAUUCUCAAGAGAUGUUUGAGAAUCGCGCCUCCAGCCUUCCCACGAAGUCCCUAAUUGCUGCUUCGCAGCUCUCCGUCCAAUCGUAAGCAAUGGUGCGAGUCAAUUACACAACUGCAGCAGAUGAUAGGGUUGCAGAGUAGCGAGGGGGGAUCUGGAGUUAUGAUUUUGUCAUGAACCAUAUGAGGCCACUAUGACUUCUGGUGUAGAAUUGGGAAGCAUGCCUGUGCGAUCGCCAUCUAUUCCAACACGCCCCCGCAUCGUUUUCUACAUUUUCUAGAAGUAGCGAUCUCUGUUACUUGAAAUAAUGAAGAUAGCAACAAGCAUCAAUUCCUCCCUAAGGAAUCACCACAUGCGCACAUAGGUAGCAUCAGGAAAUCUGCAACUCCAACACUACGCACUAGUAUUGAAUUUGCCAUGUCAUGUACCGUAAACUACGCUUUCUCAUAAAUGUCGAUAAACGUUGAUACUUUUCCCUUUGGGUUUAAAAUC